AUGGAGCUGUACGUCGAACCACACCUUGUUCACAAGUCCGACAGUCUCCCACCACUCGUCAAACGUCAGCCCACCCAGCAAAUCAAAAUUCACAACAAAUUCUGCCAUUCUAUUUACGAUCAGGUUGCUUGCUACUUUACCAGGAAGAGGAGAUCCAUCUCUGCUGCUCGCACCCUUUGGCCGCUGCCUGUCCCAUAUAGCCUAUACUUGAGCCUUGACAUGAAUGCCCAAGGAGUCAUCCUGAAAGCCUUUGAGCAAUUCAGGUUGAAAACGUGCAUCGACUUCAGGCCCCAGCAAUUCUGGUUUGAACAACACAUUGCCCUGAAGUGGGGAAUAGGAUGCUGGUCUGAGGUGGGAAGACAGCCUUCAUUGGCACAGGAUCUGUCCAUUGGCCCUAACUGUGACACUGUGGCUACAGUGGAACAUGAGCUCAUGCAUGCUCUGGGCUUCUGGCAUGAGCAGUCCAGAUAUGACCGGGACAAUUAUGUCUCAAUCAACUGGGAGAACAUUAAAGCAGGGGAGGAGAACAAUUUUGAAGUUGGAACAAAUGACACCAACAGCACCAUGAGUACACCUUAUGACUACCUGUCCAUCAUGCACUACCCCAAAGAUGCCUUCACCAAUGGAAAUGGAUCAACCAUCAUCACAAAACUACCUGAGUUCCAGGAUGUGAUUGGACAGCGACUUGAUAUGAGCCACUAUGAUAUAGAAGAACUCAACAGGAUGUACGAAUGCAAUGAAUCUAUCUCCUUUCUGGACCACUUCAGCUUUGAUGAGGGCAUGCGUGAGAUGAGUUCAGCUGGAUGGCAGAGAGUGAGCCGAGCUGAUGGAGGUCCCCACUCAGACCACACCUACCUGGGCACUGACUCUCAGGGCACCGGCUUCUUCAUGCACUUCAGCACCAAGAGAGGCAGCGUGGGAGACUCCGCCAGAUUGCAGACCAGGAGGAUGACCCCCAGAAGAAGCUGCAAGAUCCAGUGCCUUGAGUUCUUCUACUACCACAGUGGGAGUUGGUCUGACCAGCUCAACAUCUGGAUAAGAGAGUUUGAUGGUGUGGAUGACACUGAAGGAACUCGUAGAUUCAUGGGCCAGAUAAAAGGUAUUUUUGCAUUUAACCCAACCACUCAAUGCCAUUUCAACUUUUGUUCCCCAGCUGAUUACUGGAAGCUCCACCAUGUUCCUCUGGACGCCACUAAGACCUUCCAGGUGGAGUUUGAGGCCCGCAAAGGAGCAGGGUCCUCCAGCGGUGGCUUCUCUGUGGACGACAUCAACCUGUCAGAGACCGAGUGCCCCCAUCAGACAUGGCAGAUCAGGAACUUUGAGGAAAAGUUAAACACAAGUCCCAAUAACUCUUUUCUCCUCAGCCCAAAAUACUACUCUAUCGAUGGGUAUAGGUAUCAGCUAAUGGUACGACUGAACAAGGACUAUUUUGGAGUCUUUGUCCGCCUCGUUUCUGGGAUCAAUGAUGACUGGUUGCAAUGGCCGUGUCCAUGGAGACAGGUGACCUUUACACUACUGGACCAGAACCCUCACAUCCAGAAGCGCAUGUCCCAACAAAGAAGUGUAACAACAAGUACUGCAUUGUCUCUUCGUGAAUUCUUUGGCAACCCACGCAUAUGGGGAAGUCCUGAAGAUUUUUACUUCUGGACAUCAUACGUUAAUAAUGGAAGAGGGUAUGGUCUCUUCAUGCCUGCUGCAAAACUUACAUCCAGGGAGUUCCUUAAAGGAGGUGACAUCUUCUUUCUCAUCACUAUGCAAGACAUCUCCAGUUUGGUUCACGAAGAUACUCUUCCAUGCCCCAGCAUAGCAGUGAAGACAUGGCAUGAAGAUGCUCCCACAACAACUUCCUCCAGCACUGUCACAACUUCCGCAAAACCUCACAACUUUCCCACCCCUGGCUGGCCAAAGAUGACCCCACCUGACAGACCCACGACAAUUAACUUCAAACUGGUUAUUUUAGUAAUAUCAUUGUUUGUGGGCUUUAUGAGUGUGAUGUGUAAGGCAUGCUCCUCCAGGCAGGUCCAGGAAGUCCAGGUGCCUGUUUGAGAUGGAAUGGGAUGGUGUAACACAAGCUCUCUAUAAAGCUGGAGAUUCAUUUUCAAAUUCAGUUUAAAUAAAACCUUUUUUUCCAAGA